AUGGCCUCAACACCACGCAACCAAAGCUCAAGCACAAUCGUGGUCAUACCUCAGAUAUCCAAAAGUGACGGCAUCGGCAGAUGGCCAGAGGGCAGCAACCCACCACCUAGUCGCCCUGCCGAACGUGCUUGGCAAUACGACGAAGAGCAGUUCAAGAAGAUCAUCGGCGGAAAUCUCACCGAAAGCUGGUCCGACCGCGAUACGAAGACCUACAUCGUUGACAGCCUUCUGGUGGAGCAAACGCGACAAGAACGACCAGCGCCGGGACUUUCGCAUCUGGGGCCAUCCAUCUGA